AUGGCUUCUUGUAGCUACUUCUUGCUCCUGUUUAUCCACAUUUGCUUGUUGUUCGGCUUGUCUUAUUCUGAAGAUCCAUCUUUUAGCUACGAAUUUGUGGUCUCCUAUAUUACUGCUUCUCCUCUCGGUGUUCCACAGCAGGUUAUUGCUAUAAAUGGGAAUUUUCCAGGUCCCACAAUUAAUGUGACCACUAACAACUAUGUUGUUGUCAAUGUGAGGAACAAAUUAGAUGAAGAUCUCCUUAUGCAUUGGUCUGGUAUACAACAGAGGAGGAGUUCUUGGCAAGAUGGGGUUCUUGGAACAAAUUGCCCUAUUCCUCCAAAGUGGAAUUGGACUUAUGAAUUUCAGGUUAAGGAUCAGAUUGGGAGCUUCUAUUACUUCCCUUCACUCAAUUUUCAGAGGGCUUCGGGCGGUUUUGGCACAUUUAUCAUUAAUAACAGAGAUAUUAUUCCGAUUCCUUUUGACACCCCUUAUGGGGAUAUCACAAUUGUGAUUGGUGACUGGUACACCCAAAAUCACACGGCUUUAAGGAGAACUCUUAAUUCCGGGAAAGAUCUUGGAAUGCCAGAUGGUGUACUAAUUAAUGGAAAAGGACCUUAUAGAUACAAUGAUACUCUUGUUCCCAGUGGCAUUGAUUAUGAAACAAUUACGGUCCACCCAGGCAAAACUUACCGGAUUCGUGUAAGCAAUGUUGGAAUAUCAACUAGUUUGAACUUCAGAAUUCAGAACCAUAACCUGCUUUUAGCAGAAACUGAGGGUUCAUAUACAGUACAGCAGAAUUAUACGAGCUUAGAUAUUCACGUAGGUCAAUCAUACUCGUUUUUAGUAACCAUGGAUCAAAAUGCAAGUGGUGAUUACUACAUUGUUGCUAGUGCUAGAUUUGUGAAUGAAACAGUGUGGCAAAGAGUCACUGGUGUUGGUAUCUUGCAUUAUACAAACUCUAAAGGGAAGGCAUCUGGUCCUCUUCCCGACCCACCACAAGACCAAUAUGACAAAACCUUCUCGAUGAACCAGGCGAGAUCAAUCAGGUGGAAUGUGUCUGCCAGUGGUGCUCGCCCAAACCCUCAAGGAUCUUUUAGAUAUGGUUCAAUUAAUGUGACUCAGGUGUAUGUGCUCAAAAACAAACCGCCAGUAAUGAUUGAUGGGAAGUGGCGGACUACACUUAGUGGGGUUUCCUUUGUCAAUCCUGCGACACCAAUUAGGCUUGCGGACCAAUAUAAAUUGAAGGGUGUGUACAAGCUCGAUUUUCCAACUAGGCCACUUGCAGGUCCACCUCGGAUGGAAACAUCUGUAAUCAAUGGUACUUAUAGGGGAUUUAUGGAAGUUAUAUUGCAGAACAAUGACACCAAAGUGCAAACAUAUCACAUGAAUGGAUAUGCAUUUUUUGUGGUGGGAAUGGAUUAUGGUGAGUGGAUUGAAAAUAGCAGGGGCACAUACAACAAAUGGGACGGAAUUGCUCGUACUACGGCCCAGGUUUACCCCGGGGCAUGGACGGCAAUCUUGAUCUCACUGGACAAUGUCGGAGUUUGGAACAUCAGGACUGAGAACCUCGACUCAUGGUAUCUAGGCCAAGAAACUUACAUCAGGGUUGUCAAUCCAGAGCCCAAUAACAAAACCGAGUUUCCAAUGCCAGAUAAUGCCUUGUUCUGCGGUGCACUUCACAAAUUGCAAAAGCCUGAAGAUAUAUCUUUUGCUACUUCAAUUGGGAGCAAUGGAUCAAAAUUGUUACUCGGUUCGCUGCUGAUGAACCCUGAGUUCUUUCCAGUUUUCUUCAAAUCCCUUUGCUGUAAUGUCAGUUGGAGGCUCAAAAUGGGAACACUGUUAAAGUAUGAAGCAGAAACCCGAGUUGAAUUCGGGAUUGGAUCAGCAGCUCAAUUUGGUUCUGCUGACCUCAAGAAAGCAGUCCACUCCAAACUACGGCUCAAUGGGGAGGGCUCAUUUACUCGCUACCAAUUUCAUGCUACCAAGGUGGAGUUCGAGGAAUUGGCCAUAAGCCUUCUAUAUGGAAGAAGAGCCAAUUUCACAGCUGCUGACAUGAGGGAAACAGAUUUCAGCUGUUCAACUUUCAACAGUGCAUAUCUUGAGAAAGCAGUUGCAUAUAAAGCAAAUUUCACAGGUGCAGAUUUGAGUGACACAUUAAUGGAUCGGAUGGUAAGCCUUAUUGAUCCUUCCAAUCUAACAAAUGCUGUCCUAGUGAGGUCAGCCCUGACCCGCAGUGAUCUUGGAGGUGCUAUCAUCGAUGGUGCUGUUUUCAGUGAUGCUGUUAUCGACCUUUCCCAGAAACAGGCUCUUUGCAAAUACGCAAACGGAAUGAACCCAAUAACCGGAGUGGUUGUUUCUCAGGAAGCAGCGCAGUUACUCCAUGAUUUUGCUCCUGAUUAG